ACAGUGUUUGGUCAGUGACAUCACUCUGAACUGCUUUGAAUACUCUAGUAGUGUAAAAUCCGCGAUUGUUUUUCGUUCGCAUAUUUACGCAUUUAAAUCUUCAAUAACAGAGUCAUUUUUAAAUCAUCGCUUACUAAUUGAACUUGGCGAGCGUCCUGUGGAGAAGAGGCAAUAUGGAUUUGGUGUGUCUGAUGUGUUUGGUGCUGAGCAUCGGUGCUUGGUUCGCCUGUGCGGAGAGACACAGCGUCUACUGGAACAGCACGAAUCCAGACUUCCUGUGGGAUGAGUACGCAGUGGAAGUGCGUAUCAACGACUAUCUGGACAUCAUCUGUCCCCACUACACCCACGGCGAGGUGUCAUCGCAUGCAGCUGAGCGCUAUGUGCUGUACAUGGUGGAGAAGGAGGACUACGAGGUGUGCAAGCCUCACUCCUUCGACCAGCUCCGUUGGGAGUGCUCGCGGCCGUUUGCUCCCCACGCUCCCGAGAAAUUCUCUGAGAAAUUCCAGCGUUUUACUCCCUUCACCCUGGGCAAGGAGUUCAGACAGGGAGAGAGCUAUUAUUACAUCUCCAAGCCAAUGCAUCACCAUGGCCAGGAUUGUCUAAGGCUAAAAGUGGAUGUUGUCAGCUCUGGGAAAAACAAUGUAGAUAAAUCCAAGGCGGAAGAUACAGUAAAAACCUUGGAUGAAGGAAAAGUGAAGUUUUCUGGAGGAGUUCACAACCCCUCUAACCGGCUCCCAGCAGAUGACCCUGCUGUGAUGGAGCCAAACGUUCAGAAGAGCAUCGGCAGUUCAGGAGCACAGCUGCUCCCCUUUUCACUUUUCCUGACCAUGAGCUCAUUACUAUUAGCCCUGAUGCUACACUAAGGCUGAGCAAGACCUUACAACAGAGACAAUGCUAACUCAAUGCCGGUCAUUGGGACCAUGAAUGAACACUCAGAGAUUUUUUAAUUUUUAUUUUAUUAUUUGUUUGUUUUUUUUAUACAGAUUUUUUUUAUACAUGGACAGUGCUGUCAGUGUGCGUUUGCGUGUGUGAGAAUGUGGAACGUGGAUCGUUCCAAAGAAGAGGACCUUUUUUUUUUUUUUAUUAUGAGGAUGAGAGUUCUCAUUUGUGACCCUUUAAAGUGCACUCUUCUUUCAUUACGAACAAAACAAAGAAAACUGAUCAAAAUACUAAUGGAUUGAUAUCAAAUUGAAAAUGACAAGGAGUAUAUUUCCUUCUUCGUCCUAUGUUUUCACCAUAGGUACAGAUUUACAUUACGCUCCUCAUCUCUAGCUGUUAAUGUAAUUUUUCUUCCUCUACAUGUAGAGAAAUUAUUAAUUCUGUGUGUACUGGAAAUGUUGUUGUCUACUGCCAAAGUGGAUUUUUGUCAUGUUGUUUUGUAGCACUCGGCUCCCUGAUGUAUCGCCUCAAGUCUGUUAUAUCUCUAAGUCUGACUCUCUUUAAGUUUCAGACACUACUGAAAGCAUCUGACAUCACACAUUUCCUUCUGUUCAGUUAUAAAACACGACGAAAAAACAUUUCGUCUAAUCCAGACCGGUGGUUCUCAAACUUUUUGUCUAAUGAGCCACAUUAUGAUUUUUUUUUUUUUUUACAUUUUAUACUGUAUUUGAUUAACAAAAUUAGAGGAAAUUGACCCGAAUUUAUUUGGACCCUAGAAAAUUUAAUUUGACUUUUGUGCCACAAGUUCCCAUAGACUUCCAUGUUCUCAAGAGGGUUUGUGACCGGAGGUUGAGAUCCACUCAUCAGAGACGGAUACAUUAAGAUUGUAUAACUAGCAGGGGUUUUAGGGAGCUGAGCCUCUUCAGUACUUCUGGUUAUUCACUCAUUUCUACUGCACAUGGUACACUGUCUGAUGUGCAGGUGUGAUUCCACUUGCACAUUGUCAAACCUCAAACUGAAGGGACUUCCCGGAAUACAUUUACAGUUGUUUAUUCUCUUGUUAAAAAUGCUUGUUUUCAUUUUUUAAAUGUUUGUGUGUAAAUGUGUAUAUAGAGAAAACUAUAAGAAACUGUUUAAAGAUGUGAAAUAAAAGAAAAUUGUGAUGUAA